GCACGACCCGUCCUGGUUCUGAUAGUUCUGCCAUGAGAUCCGGAGGAGGUAUGAGCAGGUGGAGGUGAGGAGCAGCGCCGACCUGAUUGGAGGAGAAAAUGGCCCGGAGGAGUGUGGUUCUGUGGACGCUGGGGGCCGUGCUGCUGUCCGGGCUGCUGUGCACCGAGACGGAUCCCAGCCAGGACCUGGUGGAUUCGGACCCGCUCUCCUUCAGAAAGCACUCGGUUCUGAUCCGAAGGAAGAGGAGCCUGCUGUUUCCCAGCGGAGUGAAGCUCUGCUCCCAGGAGACGCUGGACCAGGCCGUGUCCAACCACCUCCACUUCUUCCACCUCAGAGUGUGCCAGGAGACCGUGUGGGAGGCCUUCAAGAUCUUCUGGGACCGACUGCCGGACCGGGACGAGUACCAGGCCUGGGUCAACCGCUGCAUCGACGGAUCGGUCAGCAUCCAGGACAUCGGCAGCUUCUUCAGCCAAUCAGAGGAGCAUCAGAGCCUCGUCAGGAGCAGAGUCGCCCUGGCUGCUGCCUUGAACAGUGUGCCCAUCUCCUCAGGCUCUCCUCCAUGCAGAACGGCACCGCCUGUCCAGACUGAACCGCCUGCCGUUUGGACUCAACCAGGAGACAACAGUGUCGCCCUUGGAUCAGAAGCUAUUACAGUCCGUCAGCAGGAGCUUUCUCCAGUCACCUCUUGGACUCCAUCGCUGUCUGCAACCAAAGCUCCACUUAGAGAGGCUGCAGCGACUUCUCCUGCAGAUUUAACCGCUGACCCUGCUGUUGAUGCUAUGCCAGAAGACUCAAAUGAUAUCCUGGAAACUGUACCAAGUAUUACUUCACAGAGUCCGGCCGAGGUCGUCAGAAACCUUUUAAAUGUUGGAGUCACUUCAGAGGAGAGUGUAGAGAUGAUCACGGAUGUUUUCCACCCUAUUACACACCAGCCUGUUGACCCGGUGGGUCAGGAGAUUGGGACUGAUGUCGGCAGAGCAGAAGAAGAACAACAGCUUUUUGAAACUACUACUGAAGAGUUGAACAGUGUGUCUGUAGUAAUACCAGAGGAUGAGGAACCGUCAACACAGCUGGUUGCUCAAGAAGUCCUCACAGAACCUGCGGUUGUGGUUCUUUCAAAGCCCACCACGCCCCCUGCUGUAGAAACUUUCACUCCAAUUAUCACUCCUGUUGUUGCUGAAGACAUACCUGGGACAACUGCUAGGAGUUUAGUUAGUCCCAUCCAGGAGGAAAUCCUGGAUAACUCUUUAGAUCCCAUCCCUGGUGUUACUUUGACUGAGACACCUAGAGAGGCAGUACAUGAAUCCAUUGUUGAAACUGUUGCGCCUGAAACUGAUGUUUCUUUGGGUUCUAAAGGUGAGGCGGAAUCGCCACAGGUAGACGAUCCAUCAGAGGCAGCAGUAGAAGUUAGCCAAGAUGAAAUAACGGUCAGCAAAGAGACGACACCAACUGUGUUUCUGAUGGUAGAGUCUGAAGACGAGACGGAAAUCAAUGAGAUUCCAGAGCAAGAAUCUGUUCCCUCUCAGGACUCCAUCCUGAUGACUACCAGCAAGAUGGAUGAAGUAACACAAACUACUGAGAUGACAAUCAAACCUCUCCUUACUGUAGAAGUAGAGAUUGUUCAAGAAACCCCAACAAUACAGACAAUGACACCUGAGGAAACUACCAAAGAAACUAUUCUUGUUUCAACAUCAAUGCCAGAGCAUGUGAUAGAGGUGGAAACAAARCAUGAAAGUACUGUUAUACUUACAGAAGAUAAUAUGGUGGAAGGAGAAACAGAGACUGGUGUUGAAAUGGAAAGUUUUCAGACAGAAAAAACCAYUAUAGACACAACAGAAGAGCAGCCGGAACCAUUGGAAAAAAAGUUCACUGAAGAGGAACCAGUGACGGUUAAAACUGAAACAGAUGACGCAAAAACUGAAACUACAGGAGGUUCUGCAGAACCUAAAACACCUGCAGAACCCAAAGAACAAAAUCAGCAUGGCAUUAUAGAAGAACCAGCACCCAGAGAAGAAACUGCACAUGAACCAGAACUUGAAGGAGAACCACCAGGAACUGUUUCAAGGGAACCAGAAAUGGUAGAAAAAACAACAGAAGAUAAAACAGAGCUAGGAGAUGACACAGAACCUGCAGAAGUCAGGACGGUUGAGAGACCGGCACAUGACCUGCAACUCAAGUUAGAAAUUCUUGAGAGAGCAGAGCCUGCAACAGAGUUGACUUUCACAGGAGAAAUUACAGAAAUACCGUCAGAACCAACAGAACAGAAAGUUGUCAAAGAACAAAGAACAGACCCUACUGGAAAUCCAGUACCAGAACCUGAGGCCACAGGCGGACCAAUCCAAGAAAUAAGCUCCACUUUAGGGACAAAACAAAAAGCAGAACCAACCACUAAACCACCAGGGGAGACAGAGCUAGCUCCAGAAAUGGAAAUCACAGAAACAAAAGCACCAGAACCCACAGCUCAACCAGAACAGUUUCCACAACCCACAGUAGAACCAACACCAGAUACCGUCACAGAACCAAUGAAAGAAGAAAAAACAGAAGCUGCUGGAGAUCGAGAAAAGGAACCUGAAGUCACUGUGAAACCAGCUCAGGAAGUACAUCCCUCUGAAGAAUCAACUCAAAAACCAGAACCAACCACUAAACCACAAGAACCCAAACCAGCGGAAGGAACUGCAACCAUUGAAAAAACAGUUGAAGCAAAAUCCCCUGAACCAUCACAGGUUCCAGAAUCUACCGUAGAGCCAUCCCAAGAAAUAGAUUCUAUCGUCGAUCAAGGGAAACAAGAAGACUCUACAAGGCAACUGGCUGAAGAGGAUCCAGAUGUAAAACUGGAACAAGAACCAGUGCAAGAACCUGAGUCAACACAGAAACCAGGCCAGGAACCCGAACAAAUCAAAGAAUCAGCUCAAGAAAGAGAACCAACCACUGAACCCACAGAAGAAAUAACCAAAGAUGAAAGACCUCAACCCACAAGAGAUCCAGAAAAGACAACAGACUCCUCCACAGAGACAAUAAAAGAAGCUGUACCCGCCAAAGAACCCGCUCCAGAAGCAAAGGCUGUAGAAGAACCAUCCAGAACCUCUGAGAAACCAACACAAGAUCCUUUACCCAUAGAAARAAUAGCUCAAGAGGUUGAACUCAUUAAAGAAACAACACAAGAAGCCGAAUUAACCAUUGAACCCGCUCAAGAAAUGGACCACAUAGAAGAACCAACUAAAACAGAACCUACAAGAGAACCAGGCCCCAAAGUAGAAACUGCUGAAGAUCUUCUACACAAAAUAAAACUUGAACAAAUAGCCAAAGAGACAGAAACCGCCGAGCAGCCAGAAUUGGUGCCAGAGCCAACAGACUUUAAAGAUACUUCUGAAGAGGCAGUAAAAGAACCACCAGCAAAACCUACCAGAGAACCACCACAAGAAUCCGAACCAGAUAAAGAUCCAAAACCCAGGGAAUCUGUACCAGAAACAGAACUCUCCAAAGAGACUGAGACAAUAGUAGAACCAACAAGACAACCAGCACCAGGUGAACCUGUAGGAGAACCUUCUGGUAAAAUGGAACCUACAGAAGGACUUGAAGAGACUGAACCUCAUUUAAGACCUGAUGUAGAUGAAGCUGGUGUUCUUCCAACAUCUUCAGAUGCAGCAGGGGAACCAUUUAAGGUUGGAGAUGACAGAACCUCUGAGACAUCAGAUAAAGUAGCCAAAGGAACAACAGAUGUUCCAGAGGAGUUGUUGGUACCACAGACCCCUGAAAGAGAAGCGACUAGUGUAACUAUUGAAGGCCCAGAAGACUCAAAACGAUUACCUGUGACUGAGUUGGAGGGAGCUAUUGGACAAGACAUAGUAGCUGGAUUUCCACAUGGUUCUGAAGGGGAAACCAUCAAAGAAACUAUUUCCCACGAGGUUGAACCUGCGAUGAAAGUGACUGAAAAUGUUCUUGAAGCUGAAGAACCCAGUGAAACACCUCCAGAAGUUGUGACCAAAGCCCUUCUAGAGACACCUUCUGAAGAAAGAUCCAUCAAGACUGUCAACCCUGAUGAGCUUCCUUCGGAGGAAACGGUCAAGACUGUCGUCCCUGAAGAAACAACCAAGACUGUCGUCCCNGAGGAAACAACCAAGAUCGUUAUCCCUGAGGAAAAGUUCUUACCAAGAGAGAACGGUACCCUAGUGGUUCUCCCACCAGCCAACGAAGCUCCAGGUGUAGCAGAGGAAACUACACCAGGAACAUCAACAGUGGGACCUACCGAGGAGGCAACCACUCGGUCCACAACACGCUCUCCUAAGAAUGUAGUGGAAACCAACAAUGGAAACUUUCCGGAUGUACCAGUCCGACCCUAUGUAGAACAAGACAUCUUUUUGGGGAACAGUGACUUUGUGGAGGAGGAAGAGGAAGAUAAUUCGAUUGGUAAUGAGAUAGACGACACGCUGCUGCGACCCCCGCAGCCAAUGAAGGAGUUUGUGGUGGAGCAGCGGAUCAAACUAAAGGGAGAAACCUACAGCAACGCUCUGAGAGACCCCAGCAGCUUCCAGUACCAGCAGCUGGCCAAGCAGUUCAAACGCAAGGUUGAAGACGCCUUCGACAGGCUGCCAGGCUUCAGGAGCCUUGACAUAAUUGAAUUCAGGCCUCAGAAGGACCUGCAGCGGGGUCUGGUGGUGCAGGUCCACUACGCCAUCACUCUGGAUCUGGAGGUGGACAGCGGUGGGAUCUCCAGCGACACUCUGGACUUCAUCAUUCUGCAGAACAACCAGGUGGAGCGGAGCUACGUUGGAUCCGCUGAGCAGCCUACAGUCAUCUACACCAUCACUGAUUUCCGUAACUACAUCACCGAAGCUCUGCACAAAGACAACGUCCUGACCAACGGCAGCCUGGACAGCCUGGAAAAUGCAGGGAACGUUCCUCCUGUGGGACCUACAAGUAAACCGGAUGAAGCUUACAACAACAUGGAUAACAUACUGGCUGCAGAGAAACCUCCCGAUGCGCCGAUCCAUGAGCCAGACACCAGUGAGGUUUUCCUGAAGAAGGAGGACUUCCUGUUUGACACCAGGGACCAGUGGAAAGGUCCACACAGUGAGGAAGUGAGUGAAAAUGACGUCUUCUUAUUCGAUGAAAGUACAACAUCUCCACAGACCGUUAAAGGCCAAAAGACAGUUGAUCUGGAGCCGAUAACUAAAGACGAUGGAGGAAACAUUGAAGGUGAGGGAUUCCUGCUCACUACGCCUCCCAGCGCUGAGGAUGACCACCAUGUGGAAAACCAAACGGUGGUUCCUGAAGGUUCCCCUGCAGUCACUUUACCUCCAAAACCCUCUGAGGCCAUGUCUGAUCAUGGCUCUGGAUCUGGUUUCUCUGGAGAUUAUCAGGAUUCUUAUCUGUGGUCUUUGGAGGCUUCAGAAACAUCUGACAUCACUUAUGACCGGGGGGUCGGUAGCCAUGAAGUCCUACCACCACCUGACCUGGAGAUGGACACGGAUGAUGCUGCUGUGGAACCAGCAACCUCUAAAACCGAUUAUGUUUUACUGGAGACAACCUCCAUGUCUGAUGACUCUCACACACAGAAACCUCUGGGUGAUGUUCUGGAGAUGCCUCUGAGCACAGACCCACCAGACUUCACCACUCCUCAAGUUCUUCUACCUUCAACUGAGGCAGCCAUGACGGUGGACUUUUCUGUUCAAACAGUGGAAGCAUCUGGUUUCCAUGACGACUUUUAUCUGAUUGAGCCUCAGUCCCUAACAGUUACAUCCUCUCCUGAACCUAAAACCUGGACUCCAGCUGAUUUUGGCAUCGGGCAUCAAGAGGCCACUGAAAACCUGGAGGAAGAGAUUUUAGGGGUCACUGUCUCAGAUAUCCUAAAGAUGAAAGGUGAAGAGGUUAUUGUUCUUGAUUUACCAGAAACUCAAACUGAAGCUCCUCUCACUCUGGACCUGCCUACAUUUGUUGAAGUGCAGGCGGUCACAGUCGGUGAACUCAGUGGUGAAACAGCCACUACUGGUCCAGAACAGCCUCAGGUUCUGGCUGACAAAUCUGAGCCGCCGCUUCCAGAAACAAGAGCAACCAGUGAGAUUGAGAUUUUGGAGGAGCAGCAUUUAGGAACCACUCAGUCCCCCACGACAGUACCUUCCACUGAAGGUCUGGACCAGGACCUGGCUGUGGAUGAAGUCAUUGCUGUCACUACAACCACAGCAGCUCCAGUCCCAACUUCACCCCCAGCCCUGGAGCAGAGCGUUGCACUGUCCCCUGAAAAGGAGUCGCCUUUCACUCGAGUGUCUGACUCGGUGCCAGAAGAUGAGGAUCUCUUUCACCACGAGGAGGCCACUGAUAUUUCCACAAGCUCCACUUCUUCAGACGUUUUUCAGUCGACACCAGGAGAAAAGACUCCAACUGAUUCUGGACGGGAAUCACUGUAUGCUUCAGAGCAACACAUGGAGACAACUGAACCUUCAGGAGAGGAAGCAGGACCUCUUACAACAACAAAUGAACCUUCUGAKGGAAUUGUAAAACCUUUGGAUGAGGAAGAAGGACCUUUUAAACCUGAAGAACCUCCAAAAGACAAAGCGGACCCUCUGGAGGAUGCCGGAGUCAAACCACAUGUAGAAUCCUCAGAAACUGAAACUGUGACAGUGAAGAGUGAAGCUUCUGGUGGAGGAAAGCAAACUCCUCUGGAGGACUUGGAGUCGACAUCACUGGGAGAACAACCUGGAGAAGAUCCCGACUCUCCAAAAGGAGAAGUUGUGGAAGUGCAACCAUCAGGACAAGAACUGGAAACCUCUAGACCUGAAGAAGGGACUUUAGGGGGCAAAUUAGAACCUGCUGAAGAACAAAAAGAACAUUUUGGGGGAGAGGUAGAACCUAAAUCUUCAGAAGUAAAAGUAGAACCUACUGGAGAAGGAGAAGUAACUCCAGAGGUGAAAAUUCAACCUUCUGGAAAAGGAACCGAUCCUCCAGUUGUGCCUGUAGAGCCUGUUGAAGGACAUUCUGAAGAGGUGCAAAGGUCACCUUCUGCAGGAGAAGUAAAACCUUUAGAAGAGGAAGGAGAACAUUUUAGAAAGGAAGUGGCUCCUUCACAUGGGGAAGUGGAACCAGAACCUUCUGGAGAAGUAGUCAGCAGUCUCCUUCCAACACCGUCUUCCUCACAGCCCAACGUUAACGACAGCUCAUCUGUCAUCAACCUGGACUAUGACUUCUCUGACAUGCCCAGUAUUGAUGUGAGCAUCGACCUGUUCCAGUACGGCUCUGGGGAAGCUGAUGGGGAAAGCAGUGGCUUCUCCAGUGAAGCUCGGGGUUCAGACCUGGAAGCUUUUCCUUUACCAGGCCGGCCGGGCAGAGCUCUGACCGUGUUCUUCAGCCUGAGGGUCACCAACAUGGCGUUCUCCAGGAACCUUUUCAACAAAAGCUCCUCAGAGUACAAAUCUCUAGAACAGCAGUUUAUACAGCUGCUGGUCCCGUACCUUCAGUCCAACCUGAACAACUUCCAGAACCUGGAGAUCCUGAACUUCAGAAACGGCAGCAUUGUUGUUAACAGCAGAAUGCGUUUUGGCAAACCGGUUCCCAAAGAGGUCACCAACAUCAUCUACCUGAUUCUGGAGGACUUUGCCAACACGGCCUACCACACCAUGAACCUGGCCAUCGACAAGUACUCACUGGACGUUGAAUCAGGUGACCGGGCGGAUCCCUGCAAGUUCCAGGCCUGUAACGAGUUUUCCAAGUGCAUGGUGAACCAGUGGUCAGGAGAGGCAGAGUGUGUGUGCGAUCCUGGAUAUCUGAGCAUCGACGGCCUGCCGUGUCAGAGCAUCUGUGACGCUCAGCACAACUUCUGCCUCAACGACGGCAAAUGUGACAUCAUCCYUGGCAAGGGCGCCAUCUGCAGGUGUCGUGUUGGUGAGAACUGGUGGUACCGCGGUGAGCACUGCGAGGAGUACGUCUCUGAACCCCUGGUGGUCGGCAUCGCCAUCGCCUCGGUGGUCGGCUUCCUGUUGGUGGCUGGAGGAAUCAUCUUCUUUCUGGCCAGAACCCUCAGAGAGCAGUAUGACGGUGAAGACACGGAGGACCCACUCAGGCGCCAUGAAAGCRUUCCAACUUUGGAGCGAGCCACGAAGUUCAACCCGAUGUUUGAGAGCGACCCGGUCUCUGCUCAGUACUACCGSCGCUAUGAUGACAGCCUGCCCCAGUACCACCAGUGCUGCGACUCCACCCUGAACCAGUGCUGCUCCAAAGAACUGACCAGUGAAGAAAUACAGAGCAUCUGCCAGAACACGGCUCUCUCCAAAGAGGAGAUCCAGGAGCGUCUCAGAAUAAUCGAGUUGUGCUCCAGAGAUCAGCGCUUUGCAGACUUUGUCCGGCAAACGCAAGUAUUCCUGGAGAGGAGAGGAAGCUCCACAACGUAGCGUCCAGGCAACCGCAGACCUCCAGAAACCAGCACUACGUCUGUAACUGGAGGAGGAAGACCAGUCUAUCAUGAUGCUGCUGUUCGCUGAGCUGAAGGUGACCAGAUGCUGASAGAUGUUGGAAUUWAUUUUUUUGCCCUGAAGUGAACUUGAUUUUUGAUUCCAUUCUGUGUUUUUGUAUCCUGAUGUCUUGUUUUGAAGGAACACUUUGAUUUCUGAUCUUUGAUCGCUGGACGUUACCUCUGUCUUACACAUUCUGCCAGAUUUCAUCUCCAGCUUGGAUCGAAGGGUUUCUGGUUGCAUCCUGACCUCCUGGUCGCCACCCGGGCUUGUCUGAGGURUAAUCCCGGACGCCGGUGACCGGCAGCGUUUCUCCCUCUGGUGCCUUCACUGUUCUGUUAGCUCUUCUGGGAUGUGAUGCAAACAGAACCCUUGAUCAAAAGCAACUUUGACAUAAAUCCACAACACCAAACAUCAUCAACCUCCUGCUUUUUCUACUGCUUUCUCAUCACUGAUGUUUACAUUUCUGUACUAGAGGUAGAGCUUAACUCUGACUCCAUGAAAUGAUGAAUAUGUCUAGUUUGUGUUUUCUAAGACUUUGGCUGCUUCUCAUUAGAGCAAGGCGGAUCCAACCUUUCCCUUCAGUUUUAUUAAUGUGUUUAUUUUGUGGAUCUGAAACAUCUGGAUCUUGUAGAACAAAUGAUUUGGACAAAAGACAACUUUUAGUUCUUCAGAGAUACUCUGGUACCUGAUUACCGAGCAAACAAAGCACCAACACAACAACAUGGGUCCAAUCGAGCUGAGGUUACUUUAAUGUCAGGCUCCUGCAAAAGGUGCUAAUCAUUUGAUGUCAUCGCUAAAUGUUCAAGUUAUUCACCGAGUUGUUCACGGACGAAAUGUUGUGACCCAACAACAAAAUCAUUUGUUGUUUCAGUGAAAGUCUCUGGUACUUUCGGCUGUCAUGAUCUGUUUCUGUUACGGUAUUUUCUUGAUCCAGUUCUGAAUAUCAGCUGGCUUUAUGGCUUUAUGGCUUUAUGUCUUUAUGUACGUUGUUUCACAUUUAUUCAUGUUUUUUGCUCUCUGAAGUUCCCACUAUGCUGUUUUUAUGAUAAACUAUUUUCUAAUCUUGAAAAAAGCUUSUACUUCAUCCCCAGAACGACGUGUCUAAUUACCGAAAAUACAAACCUGAACGUUGAAGCAGCAUAACAACUUGCUUGUUUUUAGAUGUGCUAAUAGAGACCAGGAACAAGUUUUAUCUUAAUUUCCCUCCUAAAUGUUUAUCAUGACGUUUUAAAAAGCCGUCUUCCUCCAGCUCCUCAGACGGUUUUAACGUUUGAAUGUUGACGUUCUCGGCCCUCAUGUCCGUCGCUGUGGUUUGUAUUGUGUGCUUUUAUGCCGGUUUGUCUGAUUUUUAGUCUAAAGCUGUAAUGUAAGCGUGGGAGGUGGCGCACUUUUUAAAAUAAAAUGCUAACAUUUUUUUACACA